CUCUCACAGGUUUCGAAAGAGUUGGCCAAAUCUACUGCGCGCGGCCUCGCACAGUGUGUCACCCAGAAUGGCAUCGCCAUCAUCCAGCCGCAAAUCAGUUUCUGGGAGCGAGAGCGGGAGCACCGGGAGGCAAUCCACGGGAGAAACUAUACCUGACGCACUGUCAGUUGAAGAGCAUGGAAGACAGUGGAAUGCAUAUCGAGAAGGAAAAUACCUCCUACCUAACGACGGGGACGAGCAAGACCGUCUGGACAUGCAACACAAUAUGUGGAGGCUGCGGCUGGGUGGAAGACUCUACCUCGCCCCUGUUGGACACCCUUCCCAGGUCCUCGAUAUAGGAACUGGCACAGGUAUAUGGGCUCUGCAAUUCGCAGCAGAGCAUCCCACGUCGAAUGUGAUUGGAACCGAUAUCAGCAUGAUUCAGCCCAGACAUAAUCUUCCGCCAAACUGCUUAUUUAUCCGCGAGGACAGCGAGGAAGAGUGGAUCUUCGACAUCAAAUUCGAUUUCAUCCACUGGAGGCUAAUGGUAUCCUGUUUCCAUGACCACAAAGAGAUGCUCCAGAAAGUAUACGACAACCUCGUCCCGGGCGGGUGGGCAGAGUUUCAAGAGUGGUCGUGUGAAUUCCUCGGCGCGGAUGGCCGUGCCGAGGAGAAUCUGCAGGCUUCAGUCCUGGGUAGAUUCAUAGAGACGCUCAUAGCUGGUGGAGCCGCGACCGGACGGGAUUUCCGGGCCCCUCGCAAGUAUAAGCGCUGGAUGACCGAGCUAGGUUUC